GUAAUCCUCACCUUGAUUGGUCUAAACCAGCGCCUCUUCUGUUGCGGGUGCCCCUGUUGCGAGAGACCUUGCCACUUCGAGCACCUCUUCCAUUUCGCGGCUCUGAACUCUUACUCCUAGUCCAGCCAAGCAAGAAAAUGUGCCCAGUUGGCACGGAGCUUUGGAACACGGGCGCGCUGCGCAGUGAGUCCUGCGCACAUUGCGAGGCCAUUGGUGCUUCGGUUGCGUCAACGCCGGCCCACUUCGAUGGCCGCGCGUUGCGCAUCGGAAGUGCCAACGGGGCUGCCAACCUGCUGGCCAAGCCCCAGCAGUCGCCCGAGGCCAAGGCCACGCCAUCACCCGGCGGCGACCAGGCGCCGUUCAACAGCCCCCGCGCGCAGCUGAGCGCCAGCGGGCCGCGCACCGGCGGUGUCACGCCCCGCCGCCUGGACCUGGACUUCCUCGAGCCCGAGGGCAACGCCAUCAGCGCACCCUCGCCGCCUGGCGGCAAGGCUCCGCCGCAGCUCCCGCACUGCUCGCCUGUUCCCCUCCCGCUGCUGGAGCAUGGAGCCGCUGCCUCGCCCCUCCCUGUGGACCCGUGCGACACACUGCGCCAGGCCGUGAUGCAGUACAUCCCCGACCUGGGCGCGCCGCGGAUCUGGGAGGAGGAGCAGGUGUUGGGCUGCGUGGAGGUCAGCCAGGCGGGGGGCGACCCCGCCGUCCGCACCGUGUACCAGAUGGAGGUGGAUCUGCAGGACGGCGCCGGCCGCGCCAUGCCUCUGGCUUGCAAGGGCGUCAAGGUGGUGCUGUCGGAGGCUGAGGACGCGGCCCUGGCGGCGGGCGGGGCGGGUGAGGCGGACGUGCCGGUCGGCUUCCUGCCGGCGCUGCAGGAGGCGGUGUCGUGGGUUGCGGUGGCGCGGCGCUUCCGGCUUGUACACGGCGAGGAGGCGCUGGGCCGCUGCUUCCCCGUGGUGUUUGGCUGGGACGUGCUGCAGCCGGCGCCCCGCACAUACGAGUUUGUCAUGUACAUGGAGUGGAUGGACAACGGCACCGUGUUCGACUACCUCAAGAACAUCAUGACGGCGCCGGCUCUGCCCGAGGGUGACAUGUACGAGAUGGUGCUGGACGCCAUGCGCCAGAUGGUGAACCUGGUGGACUCCGCCAACAAGGCAGGCCUGUGCUUCGGCGACCUCAAGGCGCAGAACAUGCUCGUGGACGCGGAAGGGAACUUCAAGCUCAGCGACGUGGACGGUGUCAGCCACAGCUACCUCAGCGACCUGAGUGCCGCACACACCGCGGCCAACGCCGCGGCGGCUGCUGCCGCCGCCUCCUGCACCGACGCUGUCAGCGCGCGCAUCGCCGGCAAGGCCGCCGCCUCGCUGGUGUGGUCGGCGCGGUCUCUUUUGCCCGCGCCCGUAGAGCCCUACAUGGCUACGGACAUCUACUCGCCGCCCGAGUUCUGGGUGGGCUGGGCCCGGGAGGCGCUGGUGAGCGGUGAGGCGGCCGGCCGCGCCUACGAGUGGGACAUGAUGCAGCUGCGCGAGGAGGCGGUGGAGCAGCCGUGCUGGCCCGGCGCAGUGAUGCUGCUGGACAGCCUAAAGAGCGAGUGCGCCACACGCGAUGCCGCGCUGGAGUGGCUGCAGCUGCAGGGCAUGAACGGCGGCCGCAGCUACAUGUGCGGCGCCUCGCACACCUACCUCCUGGGUGCGACCAUCAGCCACCUGCUGCGGGCGGUGGAGACCGAGCUGAGCGCGCGGCCUGGCGCGGCGUAUGUGCAGCAGCUGGCGUUUGUGAGCGAGCUGGAGGACGUGAUGGUGGGGCUGAUGACGGAGGAGCCCGCCAGCCGGCCCAGCCUGCAGCAGCUGCGGCGCCGGCUGGCAGAGAUGCGCGGCGACUGGUGCUACUGGGGCUGAAGAGCGGGAGGGGCAGGUAGGGGCUUACCUGGCAUCAUGGAUGCCAGGAAGCGGACACCCGCGCGCUUCACCGCGUACGUGCAGUAGUCGGCAGGGAGCAGGGAUGGGAUAAUUGUUGUAGCCUGGGCCGUGUUGCUUGUGGCGGUGGCGUGCGAGUGCGGGGGCAGGUACAGUGACGGUACACGGCAGGUGGUAUGCCAGCGUGGGGAGACAUAAGUAGUACGGUAUCGCGGGCGCCGAUACGGACGGCGUACGGGGCGGAUGCAAGAGCGCAUCAUCCGGUAGUGAACGUGUACGUAGGCGUGUUAGGACAAGGACUAGAGAACCAUGUAGCAGCUUCCCUUUGUCAAGGCUGACAAGACUGAUUGAUUGAUCAUGAGCACUAGCGUUUUAGACUGAUUGAUUGAUUCAAUACAACCCUUGAUUCAACCCAAUGCGUACCGUAUGGUAAAUCUAGUGACUCUUUAGCUGGUGGUUGAGGAGCGAGCGUGGGGCCUGACUGGCUCUGCAAGCGGUUGACAGUUACGAUGCAUGGUUGACCGUGGAAUAAUGGGUCAGCUAUGAAGUAGGCACUCCUGGUUUGAGAAGGCGAAGCGUUGAGGAGGGAAGGAACUUGACGAGGCAAGAAAGGAUGGCGAGUAUGAGCUGGUAUGAGCAGCAGGGCCUGGCGGCCGGGCCCGGGAACUCCCGAGUCCUGUAGUAUGUUGGACAGGCGGAGUAAUGCACUGUAAACCUAAUCCAGC